CCACAUGGUAUUUAUUUUGUGGAUGUAGAUUACUAUUUAUAAACUUCUAACAAACGACUAAAUAUGAGAUAAAUUUGUCAUAAUUCAAGAAAUAUAUCUAUUUUUACGUCAAAAUGUCGCAUCAACUAGGCCGUGUUGUCUCCGAACUACUCCUCAGAUAUUUUGGAGAAAUAGUGGAAAAAGUCGGUAAAGAUUUAUUCCAGUAUGGUAGUAAACCUAUAGGCAUGAUUUUGAAAACGACUGGACUCCCAAGAUCACAGGUAGUAGACAGCCUCCGUACAUUACUCAAAUUUGAUCUCGCAAGCUUUGAACCGUCAGCAAAUGAAGUAAUUGCCGAUUAUAAACUGAUUCCUGAAAAUGUUCUUCUGCUAAUACGAUAUCCCAGGUACCUCCUUCAAAUGAAGAGCAAAUUCGGCAGCGAGGCAGAGUUACUGGUGGAAGAGCUGUUGCAACAAGCUACAUGCACCGCCACGGUCCUUCUGGUCACAUUAGCUAACAAAUACAAAGAUGAUAAGGAAAAGAACAUAAACAUAGUUCAACUGAAAGAUGUAUUCAUAAGUCUAGCAACAGCGGGGUACAUUCAACAAGCCCCCGUGGCGGAGCUAAAGGAAGGCAGUGAAAUACCCACUCUAGUGCCCGUAGCUACAAUCGUCCCAGACAUUGAUGUCAGGAACUUGAUACAAAUCAUGAAUUCUGGGACUUUAGCUGAAGUUAAUGACAAUGUCUACUGGAGGAUAAACUAUGACAGAUUCCAUCAGGACUUCAGAGAUGAAAUUAUGAUCAAAGCAAUCACAAGGCGUAUUGACGAAAAUGCGGGCGAGUUAAUGAAGUUCCUGCUCCAACAAAUGUACCUAACGUCGUCUCCGUGGGCGCCGGAAUCCAACCCGACUUCGGCCCUGGACCUCAAGGAGUGCUGCCGACGCAUCGCUAGCGAGCGGCCGCUGCUGCACCAGCACUUCGACCAGUACCUCAAAGUGUUAGAGGACAGCGGUGCGGGUUUUGUACGGCGCUGCGGGGAAGCGGGCGGCGGGCAGCUGGUGGUGCGCGCGCGGCGGGCGGCGGCGCAGCUGGUGGGCUCGCUGGUGGAGCACGCGGUACAGGAGCGACUGGGCUCCAAGGCCGCCAGGAUAUUCAGGUUGAUCCGAGCAAAAAAAUAUAUAGGGGAAGAAGAUAUUCAGAAGCACGCAAUGUUGCCCAACAAGGAAUGCAAAGAACUCACCUACAAGUUGUUGGAGGAACAUUUUAUUAGCGUUCAGCCAAUGAGGAAAGCGGCAUCUGCAGGUGGAAUGGCGAAAGCUAUUUACUUGUAUCACGUCGAUCUACAUGACGUGGCGCACAGCACAGCGCAGAUGUGCUACGCGGCGCUUCACAACACGGCGCGGCGCGGCACGCACGAGCGGCGCCAGCACGCGCGUCUGCUGCGCAAGCAGCGCCGCGUGCGCACCAUCGUGCACGGCAUGCGGCUGAGGCACGAGCCGCAGCAGCACAUUGAUGACGUGGAAGAGACCCUGACGCCGCCGGAGCGCGCGUCCCUGGCCAGCGUGGAGGCGCGCCUAAAGCAGCUUGCCACCGCCGAGCUGGAGCUCGACCGCGCGCUCUUCAUACUCGACUGGUUCUUCGCCUACCCGCGCUAAUCACGCUUGGACUGAUCACGUGACGCGGGCUAAUCACGUGACGCGGGCUGGUCACGUGACAUCGCCGCAUUGAUUAGUGAUCGCCUGUGAGUUCUCGGCGUUGUUCUCGUGGUUAUUGACUACAGUGUGGUUGCCAGACACUUAGCCUAUGCACAGACCAUCGAUUUUUCGUCGGCCGAUAGUUUAGUCGGGCGGUUGAUCAGUAUGGAUAUAUUGGGCAUGUA